AUGGUUAUACACGAGAAAAAAACAAAAAAUAUCGACACAAAAAAUGAAGGAUGUCUAGUAAAAAAUAUAUCAUGGAUCAAUUUUGUUACAUUUAAUUGGAUGACAAAAUUGUUGGAUAGUCUUAAAAAUGAGGAUUUUAAAUUACCAAAUAUAGAAGAAAACGUUAAUGUCAAAUAUUAUACGCAUAAAUUAGGAGAGAAUUUAAGAAAUGUAAGUAUAAAAAAGUCAGGUUUAUUUAAUAAUUUAUAUAGAAAAGGAAAUUCCUACACAUAUGUAAAGUAUCCUAUUAAAUCAAAAAGAACGAGAAGUAGUGAAUAUUAUAUUCAUUAUAAUAAUAUUUCUUGGGCGCUUUUAAAAACGUUUAAAUUCCCUUUGGGUGUGAUUUCUUUAUUUCAUAUUUUUCACACAUUAUUUUUAAUAUUUGUUGCAUUAUGUGUAGAAAAAUAUGUUUUGCUAAUAAAAGGUAGCAGUCAUUCAUCAAUUCCUCCUUUUUUUAGUGAUUCAAGGAUAGCAUAUGGGAUUGUUGUAAUUUCUAUACUUUGUUUUGGGCAAAUUUUUGAUGCGGUUUUAUGCUAUUAUGAUUAUAGAUUACGAGUAGAUAUGGAAAUAACGGUGAUGCAUUUUCUUUAUAAUAUUAAUUUACGUAAUUAUAACAAUAAUUUAAUGGAUCCAUAUACUUAUAUGAAUAUAGAUGAUGAUGAUGACGAUGAAAAAACUAACACAAGUUAUUGUAAAUUUCAAAACAAGAAUUUAAAUAAGGAAGAAAAGAGCAAUUAUACAGAUAAUUCAUACGAUGGUGCUUUAUAUAACGAUUCUCACCACCAUAAAAAAGAGAAAAUUGAUUCACAUAAAGAUUUAUAUUUAAAUACAAAAGAUUAUUAUUCUAUUUGUUAUAAUAAUGAAAUUUAUGUUAGUGAUCAACAUAUAAAUAAUAAUAAUAAUGAUUUUGUUAGAACUUCAUCUAAUACAAGAACAUAUGAUAGAGAAGAUGAUACAAUAAAUGAAGCAAAUAAGGAAAUUUCAAAUAAUUUUAAAGAUAUUAAAGGUUCUUACGAAAAUGAAAAUGAAAAAGAUGACUUAAAUUUAAAAAAGGAAAAAAUAACUGACACAGAAAAAGAUAAUUUAGAUGAAAAAGUAUUAAAUUCAAAUAAUAAUGAAUGGUAUCCAGAAAAAGGUAACAAUUACAAAGUAUUAGCAAACAAUGAAAAUUUGUUUAAAGAAAAUGAAGAUAAGUUAUCAUGUGAUAAUAAUGUAAAAUUAUCAGAAAAAAAGAAAAACAAGAAAAAAAAAAGUGAAAAAGAGGUAUUUGAUUUAAAUAUUUAUAAUAUUAUGUUUGUUGAUACUCCAUACUUGAUAUAUUUUUUGAGUUCUGUGAUUGAUUUAUCUAAUAUGGUAAUUAAGUUUGUUAUAUCAUUUUAUAUGUUUUCUUUUAAAAUGGGAGGUAAUACAACAUUAAGUGGAGCAUUGAUGAUAAUAUUUUUGUAUGGUAUAAUGCUUUUAUUUGAAUUUUCAUCAAGUUUAUUUAAAAAAAGAUACUUAAAAUAUAGAGAUACCAGAAUUGGUAAUAUGCAUCAUGUAUUAAAAGAAUAUAAAUUAAUGAAAAUUUUUAAUUGGGAAUCUAUUGCUUUUGAUUAUGUUAAUUAUUUUAGAAAAAAAGAAAUGCGUAUUUGUAGAAUUCGAAUAUUUCUUAGUUCCUUAAGUAACUAUAUUAAUAAUAUUUCUGGAAGUGUAGUAGAGGUAGUAUUAUUCUUUUUAUUUAUAAAAAGUGAAUUAGAAAAGAACAAGACAGUAAAUUUUAGCUCCAUUAUUACUCCACUUUUUAUAUAUAAAUCAUUAAUAUCAGAUAUUUCAAACUUCCCUAAUAUAAUGAAUAAUUUAAUAGAGGGUGUAAUAAAUAUUAAACGUAUAAAUAAGUAUGUUUAUUAUUAUUUAUAUUAUAAUGAUAUAAAUAAUUAUUUUAAAUAUUUUUCUAGUAAUAACAAUACUAGUACUAAUUUAUUGAUUGAAGAUUUUCCAAAAAAUGAAGCAAAAAGUGACUUACUUUGUAACAAAAAUUGUAAUGAAGAAAAAAAAAAAACAAGGAAUUUUUUUAGAUUUUUAUUUUUUAAUAAAAGUAAAAAAACUAAUCCUAUAGAAAAUGAAACAUUAAAUAAUUUAAAUUAUGAUACAAAUAGUAUUAAGAAAGUUAAGUAUUCUAAUGAUGCAUUAAAUUGCACAGAAAAUUACAGUAGUAUAUAUUUAGAAAAAAAAAAUAAGACAAGGAAGAGGGAAGAUGAUAUAAUAAAAUUAGAAAAUUGUUUUUUUACUCCAAACAAAAAAAUUGAUAACAUGAAUGAUGAUUUUCUUUUGAAGAACGUAAACUUUAAUUUAAAAAAUAACACAUUAUCUAUAAUUAUAGGAAAUGUUGGUUCUGGAAAAACUGUAUUUUUUCAGUCUAUUUUAGGAGAUUUUAAAUUAGCAUAUGGUAAUUUCUAUGUGAAAAAUAUUUUGCAUAAUAUGCCAAUUUUAUAUGUUCCUCAAUAUAAUUGGGUAUCAGUAGGAACUGUUAGAUCAAUGAUUUUAUUUGGAAACGAAUAUGAUGCAUCAAUUUAUUAUCAUGUAAUUUCACAAAGUGAGUUAUUAAAUGAUUUAAUAUCAUUUAAAAAUAAAGACAUGAGGUUUGUUAAUGAUGAACAUAAUUUAAGUAAAGGACAGAAAGCAAGAAUUUGUUUAGCACGAGCUUUAUAUCAUCAUUAUACACAUAUGAAAGAAUUAAGUAUUAAUUAUGAAAAAGAAAUAAAUGAAAAUAACAAAUUAAAAAAAAAUAUGAAUUCAGAAAAGUUUUACCAAUUUAAUACAAAAGAUUCGAUAAACAAUACCACUGAAAAAAGUGCAUUUGUUCAUAAUAAAGAUGUAGUUAAUAAGGAAGAUAAUCAGAAAUAUAAUUGUGAACAAAAUAAUUCUGUAAAUUAUAGUAAUAAUAAUACAAAUAUUUUGCAAAAUAGUUUAAAUGUUACAAAUAAUAGUUGUGAUCAUGGAAGUACACUUAAUGUAUAUUACAAUAAUAAUAUUAAUAAUAUUAAUAAUAAUUCAAGUAAUGAAGAAGAUAUAUUUAAUAAGAAUUAUGUUAAAAAUUGCUUAAAAAAUGAGAAUAUAUCAUAUUUAUAUUUAAUGGAUGAUUUUUUUUCUGGUCUUGAUCCAUGUAUAUCUAAAGAUAUAUUUUAUAAUUUAUUUUGCCACAAAGAAGAAAUAGAAUGUUUUAAAAACAAUUGUAGUUAUAUUUUAUCAAUGAAUGAAAAUAUAUUUGAAACAUUUAUAAUAGAUGAUAUUCUUAAGAAUCUUCAAUAUAAAGUAGAUAUAUACAAGAUAGAAAACAAUCUUUUAAAGUAUGAAGGAGAAAUUUCAGAAUAUAUAAAAAAAAACAAUAUAAAUGUAAAAGUAGAAUCUUAUGUAAAUAAAAAAAAAUUAAAUGUAGAAGAUACAAAACUCAAAUUAUGUUCAAAUCAAGAAGGAUAUAAUAAAAAACAGAGUGACAUGAAAUAUAAUAAAUUUAUAUUAUUAAAACAACUAAAAACUAUGUAUUCAUUUAAAAUAAGUGAAAGUAAUUCGUUUACACAAUGUAGUAAAAACGACACAAUUAACACACACAAAGUUUUAGAGAGUGAAUUUUUAAUUGAUGACAGUAAGAAUAUCAGUAAUAAUUCAGUUUCAAUUUCUAUUAAAGAAGACAAUUUUAAGGAAUUAUAUGAAAAGAAAAAAGAAAGUUAUUUAAAUGAAUUUGAAGAAGUAAUGAAAUCUUUGCCAUCAAAAUUAAAAAGUGAUAAUACGAUUGAUAAUGUCACUGAAACUGAAGAUGAAUUGAAAUUUAAAGGUAAUAUAAAAUUGGAAACUUUCUCAUGGUAUUUAAGUAAAGUUGGAUUUCCAUUAAUAUCAGUAAUAGUUAUUUUUAUGCUUAUAUCUAUAUUUACAGAAGAAAUAAAAAAUCUUAUACUAUUUAUGGCAAGUACAAUAUUAAAAAAUAAAAAAGAAAGUAAUAAUGAAAUUUUAAAUAAACAAAUGAUUUAUUUAAGAUAUUUUAUUUUGUUACCAUCCAUAUCAUUAGUAACUACUUUAACAUGUUUUAUGCUCAUAGCUCAUGGUGUUAUAGUAUCAGCAAUUAAAGUACACACAGAAGUAUUAAUGAAUAUUUUAUAUGCACCAAUACAUGUUUUUUAUAGCAAUAAUUUGGGUAAUAUAAUAAAUAGAUUUAUUACUGAUGUUAAUGUAUUAGAUAACGGAAUUAUAAAAAGAAUAUAUAAAACGUUUUACACUUUUUUCCGUUUUAUCUUUACUACUUUUUUAUUAAUUUAUAUGAUAAAACACACUCUUUUGGUUUUUCCUUUUAUUCUGUUAAUAAUUUAUUUUGUUGUUUUUAAAAGAUAUUCUAAAGGAUGUAAAGAAGCACAAAGAGGUUAUUUAAGCUCUCAUGCUCCUCUUUGUAAUAUGUAUAGUAACACUAUAUUAGGAAAAAAUAUAAUUAAUUUGUAUAAAAAAAAUGAUUACUUUUUAAAUAUAUAUAAAGAGCGAACAUGGAUAUUUAGGAAUUAUACUAUUUUUAAAUGGUCAAUAACAAUAUGGGCAUCUUUAUAUGUUCAGCUGAUUGUUUUGCUUUUAACUCUAUUUUAUAUUAUAUAUCCGCAUUUAUUUUUAAGAAAUACCAAUAGUGCCGAUAAAGGAAGAUUUGAUAAAAGUGCAAAUGUUGUCGGUUAUUGUAUAACCUUUUCAUGUAGUCUUGGUUAUAUAAUAAAAGGUUUAUUAUAUGAUUAUACACACGUAGAAAAAGAAAUGUGUAGUACACAAAGACUAGAAGAGUGCUCAAAAAUGAUUACUGAAAAGGAAAGUACUGAAGGAACAGGUAGAGAAACAUUUUCAAAAAUUAAUACUCAAAAAAAGUCUGAGAAUAUCCAUAAUUUUUCUGAUAUAACAAAAAAAUCAGAUGUUCUCUCCAAUAUAGAUAAUAUAUAUUCAAUCGAUGAAUCAAAAAAGAAAUAUGGAAUUCAUUUUGAAAAAGUUUUUGUUAGUUAUAAAAAAAAAAUAUAUAUAGAUAAAAAAAAUAAUAUAUAUAAUUAUGUAAAUGAAAAAUCAUGUUUAAAGAAUAUUAAUAUUUAUGCACUAAAAAAUCAAAAUAUUGGUAUAGUAGGUAAAUCAGGUUCUGGUAAAAGUACAAUGAUUUUAUCAAUUCUAGGUUUAAUUCCAACAACUGGAGGAAAAAUAACAAUUGAAGGAAGAGACAUUACAGAAAUAAAUAUGGAUGAAAAGAAAAAUAUAAUUGGUGUUUUACCUCAAUCAUCUUUUGUAUUUUUCAACUGGAAUGUAAGAACUUUUAUUGACCCAUAUAAAAAUUUUAAAGAUGAAGAAAUUGUUGAUGCUUUUAAAUUAAUUGGUAUAAAUUUAAGCUAUAAAGAUUUAGAUAAAUAUAUAUAUAAACAAAGAAAAAAAAGAACACAUAGUGGAAUAAAAAAGAAAAGUAUAGAUUUAAAUAAUUUCAUUCCUUUAACUGAUGAUUGCAUAAGAUAUUUAUCUGUAGUUAGACUAUUUUUAAAUAGACAUAAAUAUAAAUUAGUAUUAAUUGAUGAAAUUCCAGUAAUAAAUGCAAACAAUAAUAAUAUGAAAAUUAGCAAAUUUUUUACAAAAGAUCUAAAAUCAUUUGAUUAUAUUAUAAGAAAUUAUUUUGAAAACACUACUGUUUUCAUUAUAGCUCAUGAUACUAGCACCUUGUCAUGUUGUGAUUUUAUUUAUGUAAUACAAAAAGGAGAAGUAGUUUAUAGAUGUAGAUAUAAAGAUAUAAAAACCCAAGCAGAAUUAGCAAAUAUACUUGAAAAAAAUAAUUAA